CCUAUAUUGACCCUUCACUUUAUUUAAUGUUUUCUUUUUGAAACACAAAAGAGGAGUGAACUAGUAUAUACAUAUCCAUUUGUUUUUCUUCUUCUUUUCUGCUCUUCUUGAAUCCUUCUUUAGAAAAGAUUUUGUUUCUAUACAACUUUUGUAGUUCAAGAUGAAUGUGUCAAAGUUCAUCAAAUGUGUCACUGUAGGUGAUGGAGCUGUUGGAAAGACAUGUAUGUUAAUUUGUUACACAAGUAACAGAUUUCCCACUGAUUACAUUCCUACAGUGUUUGAUAAUUUCAGUGCUAAUGUGGCUAUGGAUGGGAGAAUUGUCAAUUUGGGAUUGUGGGACACUGCAGGUCAAGAAGAUUAUAGCAGGUUAAGACCAUUAAGCUACAGAGGUGCAGACAUAUUUGUAUUAGCUUUCUCUUUAAUUAGUAGGGCAAGCUAUGAAAAUGUUCUCAAAAAGUGGAUGCCUGAACUUCGUCGUUUUGCACCUGAUGUUCCAAUUGUACUCGUUGGAACAAAGUUAGAUCUUCGAGAUGACAACCAAUAUUUAGCUGAUCAUAUGAGCUCAAAUGUCAUUACACCUGCCCAAGGUGAGGAGCUAAGGAAACAAAUUGGUGCUGCAGCUUAUGUAGAAUGCAGCUCUAAAACACAACAGAAUGUGAAAGCUGUUUUCGAUACUGCAAUCAAGGUUGUGCUUCAACCUCCUAGGAGGAUGGAAGUGGCAAGUAAGAAAAGACACAGAAGCACAGGUUGCUCAAUUGUCAGGGGGAUCGUAUGCGGAGGCUGUGAUGCUUAGGGAAACGUUAGGUGGAUUUCGAUGUUACAUUAUCCUAUAGACUAUUGAAACGAGCUUGGGACUGAGGCGUGUUCGAGUUCAUCAUGCAGGUUGUUUUUGUGGCACCAGAGGCUGGAGCUCAUCAGAAGGAAAUUAGCAUUUCCUCCUUGGUGUGAUGGCUCUAAGCUUGAAAUAUCUUGAUAAAGCAUUAGUUUUGUACCAUAGCUAGCUUGUACAAAAGCAUUGACAAUUUGUUGAUUCCCUCAGUCAUGUCCUUUAAAUAUGUAUGUGAGAAUAUUUGACAAUGCGUGACCUGCUUUUAGUUCAGCUGACUGUCAAUUUAUGGU